AUAAGUUUUAGGACCCAUGUUGUUUUGCCCGGUUGUCGAAAGACCGGCAAAAUAGCACAUAUUAAUAUUUAACAAGAAGACGAGCAAAAAGAGCCAUCAUGCCUGGGGUGAAGCGGAAGGCUUCUACUGCUCCUGGUGAAAAGCUCCCAGUUAAACUGAAGAAGCAGUCCACCAGUGUAACCCUAGACCGGGCUAUCCCCACCCAGACACAGAAGACAGCCAAGCUCAAGAAAUCUACAUUCUCAAAAAUAAGUGAAAGUCCAAAUGUGCCCAAAAAGAUUGCAGGUGGAUUGAAGGCGAAGAACUCACUUCCGACCUUACCAAGAUUCCCUACCCUGGUGCCAACAAAACCUGCUGGGGCGACAGGGUCUGAUUUUGUGUUCAAUAUUUCUCCAGCUUCUAGUCCCCAAAAAGAUAAUUCGUCAGAUAUCGGUGUAUCAACAAGUGAUGUACCUGGAAUGAGGAAAGAAACUACAACAUUAAUUCAGACUAAUUCUUCAGAUGAUUGGUCUGGCAAUAAGGCCUCGAACAUAGAAAAGAGUGUCCUUAGGCUAUCAUCUGGGUCUUAUGUAGGUCGAAUCAUGAACAAAGAUGUUGAUGAUCAGAUGCUGCCUUCACUUGAAUCCCUGGCUGUAUAUGAUCAGAAAGGGAAGGAAAAGACAUCAGCUGCUCCAUUUACUUGGGACAUGACGGACACUGAUGUUUCUCCAGUGCGUAAAUCUGUUUAUGACGUUAACGCUGUUCUGCACAUAUUAGACCAAGACAACUCGCCAACAAAGCACAGUCUAGGAGGCAACACAAGCGACAACGAUAGCGAUGCACCACCUGUCCUUCAGGCGGAAGUAUAUGAUGCAACGUCUUGCGAAGACUUCGAUGAUGAUGCCACGGUUCCAACUCUCACCUGUAUGGGUACUCCAUCCAAGUCUCCAUGCAAAUCUCCACGGAAAAUGACUGGAGGACCUAGAGAAAUUGUGUUCUCGUUUGACACGACGGGGUCCAUGUACAACUACAUGGAAGAAGCCGGCUACAGGAUGCGCGAACUUAUGAAUCGUGUCCAACAGGACAUGCCAGGAAUCCGUCUGGCCUUUGUUGCUCAUGGUGAUUAUUAUGACCUGGCCAAUGACCGAUAUCUCAUUAAAUGGAUAGACUUUGGGGCUAGUGUAGAUGAGGUCGACACAUUCUUUGAAAACCUUCCCAUCACACAUGGUGGUGAUGCGGACGAAUGUUAUGAAUUGGUGCUGCGCAAAGUCCGAGAGUCCCUUUCCUGGAGUCCAGGCAGUCAGCGUAGUCUUGUUAUGAUUGGAGAUUCCGACCCACAUGAACCAGGAUACAAAUUCAAUGACUUCGUGAAUGAUAUUGACUGGAGACAGGAAACCAAACAACUCAAUGAGAUGGCAGUGAGGAUCUACGCUCUACAGGUGGGAUACACCUCCAACUUCUACAAGCAGAUAUCACAGAUGACGGGCGGAGCUCACCUGCGCAUCGAGAACAAAGACUUUACCUAUGAAACCCUUAUGUCGAUAUGUCUGAGGGAAGGAGGGCUUCGACAUCUCAAGGGUUUUGAACAUGAGGUACGAACUGCAGCAAAGAAGUCGGGGAGCAAUGGAGGGACGCUUGACUUGGAAUUGGAGCGCCUGUUUAGUUCUCUGAAAAAUAUUGCCGACAACAAAUCCCUCAAACAAAGAGAGAGGGAGAAUAAACUGAAAGCCAGGAUCCUAGAAAUGACAACAGAUUCUAAAGCAUUAUCUGCCACGAAGAGGCCCUCAGAAAAUGAAGCCAGCACUUCUGACGUAAAGAAACCUAAAUCAACAUCAAAGGCCUUAACGAAAGUACCGUCGGAGAAGUACAAGUCAUCUGGCAGCCUCAGUCCCAAAAAACUGACAAAGAUUAAGGAAAAGGGCGUUGACAAAGUAAAGAAAGCGUCAGUUGAAAAGGUGAAAAAGAUAUCUAAAAUUAAAACACCAGCAACCAAACUCAUGAAGCCCAAACCCAAAACAAAAAAACUCAAGGAAAAAAUUGUGGAAAAGAAGAAGUUAUCACAGAAGACUAACAGUACUGAAAAGAAGAAAAGCAGUGGAAAAUUGAAGAAAGUUGCAAGUGAUAAUAAGCCAAAGAGAUCAGUUGGCAGGCCCCGUAAAAUUGUUGAAUCUGCGAAACCAAGAGGAAGAGGAAGACCUCCAAAGAAAUUAGGAACUUCAAAGCUGAAGGAAAUAUCCCCUAAGAAAAAAGAAAAGUCCAAAGUGAUUGGAAAGCCCUUGAAAAAAUUGGCCUCAAAACCCCGUGGAAGGCCACGCAAAACACCAGAAGCUCCCAAAAAACGUGGAAGGCCAGUGAAGAAAGUAGAAAAGACUAAAUCACCUGGUAGGCCUAGUAAGGCGAAAACGCCCAAAGCAGUGGGAAAAGCAAAUAAAAAGAUGGAAAGCACUAAGUCAAACAUCACAACAAAGAAAAAAGAAGAAACAUUAUUGAAAUCCCCAAGUUCUGUUGUUCAAAGGAUUGUGGCAGCAAAGUUAAAGCGUUUAGGAAAAAUGGGAGCUACUUCCAAAGUGAAAAUACCUAAAAAAGUACAAACUGCUGUGAAGACAAAAGACAAAAAGUCUAAGAUCAAGUCAAAAGCUAUAGCAAAGACCAAAGUUUCAGCAAAGUCCAAGAAAAAGGCUGUUGCAAACAAAAAAUUGAGUUCAUCAAAGGACAGCAGUAAACGUAAGGCUGUGUCGGCCAAACUAAGUUUGAAAAAGAAAGAAGGCAAAGCUAAGAUUGCAAAAUUAAAAGCUGCCAAAAAAAUUCAGGAUAAAAAGAAAGCAGGUGGAAAAGGCUUGGUGAAGGAAAAGAAAAAACCUGUUUCAAAAGUCAUUAAACCUACAAAAUCGUCAAAAACAGCUAAAAAGAAUGUACCGAAAAACAAACCAGGUAGACCAUCAAAUGUUCAACAGAAACAGAAGACGAAGGCUACUAAUAAACCUGUUAAGAAAGAAACCAAGAAAUUAGGCAUGUCUGCAGCAAACAAGGGAAAGAAAACCCCAGUAAAGGCUGUCCCUGCAAAGAAAACUCCAGUAAAGGCUGUCCCUGCAAAAAAAACACCAGUAAAGGCUGUCACUGCAAAGAAAACACCAGUAAAGGCUGUCCCUGCAAAGAAAACAGUAAAGGCUGUCCCUGCAAAGAAAACACCAGUAAAGGCUGUACCUGCAAAGAAAACACCAGUAAAGGCUGUCCAUGCAAAGAAAGCCCCAGUAAAGGCUGUCCCUGCAAAGAAAACCCCAGUAAAGGCUGUCCCUGCAAAGAAAACACCAGUAAAGGCUGUCCCUGCAAAGAAAACACCAGCUAAGCCUGACAUCAAAAAGAUGAAGAGUAGCCCAGAGAAGAAAAAUUCUGUAAAGCCUAAAUCUCCACAGAAGAAUAAAACCAGUAAAACUGAGCAGAGAGAAAACAUCAGUGGGUCAAAGUUCAGCACAGGACCACUCAGUAAUGUCAAGUGGAGUCAAUGGACUUCAAUUAUCUCCCCUAAAUCAAACGGGGCUGAUUGGUCCAAGUCACGGAGCUGGUGCGGAGGUCACUCAAACGAGGCAUUGUACCAAGGCGAGGGCUUCACUCAAGCCCUAUACGAGGCAGCAGUGGUGCCCCCUGGCAGCAACAGUAAAUAUGUGGUGACUUACGUGGUAGGACACGGUGUGCCUGCUGUCCGAGCAUGGGACUGCUUCACCUCGCAACAAGUGCGACAACAGGUCCAGCGCAUUGUCAAAGCAAAAGGUACCAUCUGUGUUCGACGAGGCGUUAUUGCUGGUCGUGCUAAAGACAGUCUUAUCAAGGCAGAGGAAUACAUAAAGGAAAAUUUUGAUUAUGCAUGGCGGGGUAGUCGUCGGAAAACAGAAGUCAGGAAAGAAGGAUUUUUGGUGUCAAAGCCCUGAAUACUUGUGCUGCUCACCAUGUGUAGAUCAAGUUGUAUUUUUGUUCUGUACAGAAAAAUGUGCAUAGCAUUAAGAGAGAAUUUAUUUUUCUUUUUGUUUUGGAAUGAAAGUUUGAUGUGCUAUUUUAGAUGAAAUUGUAGCAAAAUGUUUAUCUGAUUUUUUUUUUUUUUUAAUGAAUUUAUUUGGUGAAUUACUUUAAUAC